AUGCUGCCCGCGACGGCGAUCAAGGAUGCUCGAGAAACCUACAAGGCCAGCGACAUCGAGCGCUACACGAGCGUCAACCCCGAGGACGAGGCUCCGAGGGUGUUCGGCGAGGUGGCCUGA